CCUGCUCGUCGCCGUCGUCGUCAUGCCCUUCGGCGUUUACUAUCUGGUAAACGGCUCGUGGGGCCUCCCCGCGUUCGUGUGCGACAUCUACAUCGCCAUGGACGUGACUUCCUCCACGUCCAGUAUAUUCAACCUCGUCGCCAUUUCUAUCGACAGGUACAUAGCAGUAACGCAACCAAUAAAGUACGCGAAGCACAAGAACAACCGGCGCGUCUGGUUCACCAUAGUGCUGGUGUGGCUGAUCUCGGCCGCCAUCGGCACCCCGGUGGUGCUGGGGCUCAACGACACGCCGGACAGGAACUAUGGCGAGUGCCUGUUCAACAGCCAGAACUACGUCAUCUACUCUUCGCUCGGAUCCUUCUAUAUCCCCUGCAUCAUGAUGAUGUUCUUGUAUUAUAGUAUUUUUAAGGCUUUAAGGAUAAGAGCUCGCAAGCAGCGAGCGGCAAAGAAGCCUCCAGUCCCGGAGGGCAGCCAAGCGGUCGUCAUCGAGAACGUCGCGCAGACGAGACGCCUCGCCGAGACCGCCUUGGACGCCGCCACCAACACUGGCUCAGGCAGCAACGAGGACGACCACGACAGUUUCGAUAAACGGUCCGUGGAACUGGAGGACGCGGAAGACUGCCACGUCAUCCCGAACGACAAGUCCACGGAAUUCAUGCUCGCAGCUCGAGAAGACUUGGGCGGACCCAAAACUUUGAAGACGAAGCUGAAAUCCGAUCCGAACGGCAACAACGACAGCGGUUACGCGCCCUCUAGCGUCGAGCCUGUUUCAUCCCCACCCAACUCACCAGCUCCUGUCACCAGCAAGAAUGGAGGCAUUGAGGAGUCUAGAAACGCGUCCCUAGCAAUACGGGAAGACGAGCCGGACACGGUGAGCCAGUUCGGAGAGUGCAAGAAAGAGCGCAAGGCCAGCGCCGCCACGGCGAGGUUCACCAUCUACAAGGCCAACAAGGCCAGCAAGAAGAAGCGGGAGAAGUCCUCCGCCAAGAAGGAGAGGAAGGCUACGAAAACCUUAGCCAUCGUUUUAGGCGUGUUCCUGUUCUGCUGGGCGCCCUUCUUCACAUGCUCGGUUCUCGACGCCGUCAGCUUCAAGCUCGGGCUGCCCUACAGCCCCGGCGUCACCGUCUUCAUGCUGACCACCUGGCUCGGCUACAUCAACUCCUUCCUCAACCCCGUCAUCUACACCAUCUUCAAUCCCGAGUUCAGGAAGGCCUUCAGGAAAAUCUUGCAUUGCGGCACCUAG